GCAGUGCCUUUUUUGCUGGAAAGCAAACUUAAUAGGUGUAAAUACUCUACAACAAGCACCUGUCUGUUUUGAUUAGAUUUAAUGUAGCAGAACAGUAAAUUUAGUUUGUUUUCAUUUAGUUGCUCAGUACAAUACUGUUAAAUACACUGAAAUAUUUUUCAUCAUAGACCAUCAUUCACACUGAAAUGAUUAUGAUUACAAAUACAUGUUUUCUAUAGGUUUUGAAAAAGGUGUUCUGCUAGGGGAUAGUGGAUAUCCAUGUAGGCCAUUUCUGCUGACACCCUAUCUCAACCCAACCAGUGAGAGAGAAGAGAGGUACAACAGGGCACACACAUCUACAAGAAAUGCUAUAGAGAGGACUUUUGGAGUGUGGAAAAGGAAAUUUCAUGUUUUGCAUUCUGAGGUUCGAAUGAAAGCAGCAAAGGUCAGUAAAGUGAUUGUGGCUUGUGCAGUCCUCCAUAACCUGGCCAUACUUUGGAAUGAACCUGAGCCACAGGAGCCUCAAGAUGAUGAUGAGCAGCCUCAGCCAGACCAAUACCAGGGACCUCAGGAUGGCCGUGGAGUCAGAAAUUAUGUGACCAACACCUUUUUUUAACAUGUUCUGGAGUGACUGUGAUUUCUGCUAUGCAUACAGCAUAUUGCAUUACAAGGAAAUAAAAUUUGAAAAUUG